UUUCAAUUGUAAUGCAUCUUUUAAGCGAAGGAAAUGCAUACCAGAAGCAGGAAUUUGAAUUGCCCGAACGUUGCAAGUAUCUGAAGGAGUCCAAGGAGAUGUUGCACCAAAAGUGCAAGGGUAAAUUUCCCCUUGUGGCAUAUACGAAAUUUCGUGAUACAUUCAUGAAACAGGACGAUCGAAUGGCGCUUUAUAUGCCCGACUCGCUGGAUUAUGUGAUGGUUGCUCUCAAGGAAUCGGAACUUCAUCGUUGCGAAAGUAUUCAACUGAUCGAAUUGAAGGAAUACGUCUGUUACGAUGGCGAUGGUGGCAGACGAACUAUAAAAUUCAAAGAUGUGCGCAUGUAUUGCUUUCCCUUUCACAUCCAAAUCACCGAUGAUCUCACCCAUGAAUGUGUCCUCGAGCGAGACGGCGACUCGGAGUCGAAGCUUGAGAGGGAUAUGCUGAAAACCAAAGGCGGAAUUAUACACUAUAUCUUUGAUAAUGAUGCGACGGGACGAUUAAUGCCUUUUCAACGAGUUGUCUUUGUAUUUACGUCAAUAUUAGCGUUGGCUAAUUCAGCUCGCCAAUUGUAAAGCAACGAGUUGUAAGUAAAGUAACGAGUAGCGAGUAAUGAA